AUGCAGCCCCUCCACACUCUUCUUGCCUUGCUUCCUCUUUGCCGGUCAACAACCGCUCUUCUCGCUUUCCCCGGCGCAGAAGGGUUUGGUGCCAACGCCGUCGGCGGCCGCGGCGGCGAUGUCUAUGUUGUUACGAACCUGGAGGACUCUGGCGAGGGAUCGCUUCGCGAUGCCGUUUCGGAAACCGAUCGCAUUGUCGUCUUUGCAGUUGGCGGCGUGAUCAACAUUGAAGACCGGCUUGUUGUCUCCAAGCGCGUUACGAUCCUUGGCCAAACGGCGCCUGGAGACGGGAUCACAGUUUAUGGCAACGGAUGGUCAUUUUCCAAUGCGGAUGACGCGAUAGUAAGAUACAUUCGAGUUCGAAUGGGCCGCGGCGGCGACAGCGGCAAAGAUGGCAUCACCAUAGCCGAAGGCUCCAACAUGAUUUUUGACCAUGUCUCCGUCUCAUGGGGCCGCGAUGAGACAUUCUCGAUCAGCGGGACGGCCGAGAAUAUCACUGUGCAGGACAGCAUUAUCGCACAGGGCCUGGAGACGCACUCAUGCGGUGGACUCAUGCAAACAGAUGGUGGUGUCUCACUAUUCCGCAACCUGUACAUCGACAAUAAGACACGAAACCCCAAGGUCAAGGGUGUCAACGAGUUUACAAACAAUGUUGUUUAUAACUGGGGUGGUGGCGGUGGAUAUAUUGCCGGGGACUCGAGUGGACAAUCUUUUGGAAACUACUUCAUCAGCGGGCCCUCUACGUCCGUCACGGCUUUCACGCGCGGCAACGAGAACUUCCACGGCUAUGUUGAAAACAACUAUUACGAUCCCGACCAGGACGGAACUUUGAACGGGAACGAGCUCGGCGUGUCCUCUUCAAACUACGGCGGUAUGGAUAUCGUGGACACAAAAUACGAUUAUCCCGCUGCUCAAUAUAUCAUGACACCGGACGAAGCCGUCAGCUAUGUUACUGAGAAUGUCGGCGCCUCUCUUGUCCGUGAUGGUGUGGACUCCAAUCUCAUCGACCAGGUUUUGUCGUACGGAACAGACGGGGCCUUGAUCUCGGAUGAGGAUGAUUUCGGCGGCGUUGGGGACCUGGACGGUGGCGAGACUCCUACAGACACAGAUGGAGAUGGGAUCCCCGACGAUGUUGAGACGCAGCUUGGGACGGACCCGAAUAUUGCUGAUUCCACGGAGAUUGAUAGUAGUACUGGGUACUCGUGGUUGGAGGUCUGGGCAAACUCGUUGGUUCCGGAGGGAUACGCGAGUACUCGGAAGUGUUAG